UAGGCUAGACUCUAGAUCUAAUUGAAAACAAGACCAAAGUGAAUUAGGCCUAGGCUAGCCUUGAGCGAUCGAUAGAUCUAGAAUAGGAAGGCAUAGAUCUAUAUGUCCGGAAGAGCUCGAAUCUGUUUGACGGCACGAAAGAGUAGAUCUAGGCUAUCUCUCGAAUAAUCAACAGUGAGACUACUGAGACGUCACCCGAGUCUGGAGAAAUUUCGCCGGCCUGUCUGUGCACUGUGCAUCCUCAAACUCGAGGUGCCGUGGACGUGUGACCUCGAACGUCGAAAGCACUGAAAACUGAAAAGCGCCUGCGAAGCGAAGCAGUGGUGACGUCGACAGAGAUCUACUUGAGAGAUUAGAAUCUAGAUCUAGACUAGGCCUACCGAUUAGUCUUUUACUACGGUUGCGAACCAUAUUAUUAGGCAAGCCAUGGAUUUCGUUACCAUAGUCGAAUGGGCGACUGUUGUUGUCACUUUUGUGAUGAUAGGAUCAGGAUCACCCAUAUGUAUCAAUAUGUACAAGCAAAAAAGCACAAGAAAUGUGCCUUACCUCCUUUUCCUGAUAUCAGCCUUUGUGAGCACUGUGAGCCUGCAGUAUGGGUUGGUCAUAAAAAAUUCAGUGCUCAUUCUCAUCAACGUUGUAGCAGUACUUGUGUGGGGCCUGUAUAUCAGUGUGUACAUCCUGGUCAGCAAAUCCAAGACUUUGCCGCUGGUCAAGCUGAUGUCGGUUGUUCUCUUGUACUGGGGCCAUCUGCUCUACCUCGAGUCAGUGCCGAAGAAAGAUGUAAUUUCUACCUUGGGAGUUUUUCUCAUUGUCUGGUGCGUGGUUGCCUAUCUCAUCCCAGCUCUUGACAUUCUGACCAUGGUGAGAGAAAAGUCUGCUGCUAGCUGUGACCUGUCUCUGUUGCUGGGAGGCACUCUGAGUGCCUCUGUGUGGUACCUCUACGGAGUGCUGGUGGAAGACGUCAACAUAUAUCUGCCGUGCAUUAUAGGGCUGGUCGUGAGUGGCAUCAAGUUCUUCCUCAUGUUGUUGUACCGAUCUGGACCCAAAAAAUCGACCACCACCGAGUUCUCCAAAGUUCGAGGAGGAGACAAGGCCACAGAAUUUCAUGAAGAGGUCUACCGUGUCUCCUCCAGGGAUGGUCUGCGGCAGAGAAUGUAAUAAAACUUUGUCUUUUGGGUUUAUAGACAUGGUAAAUUGUCAUUGCUUGUAAUCAGUGGCAUGUGAUUUAUUAUUGGAAAAAAUCUGGAAACUAUCACGGAAUAGAAUCAAUUUUUCGAAAAGUUAAAUGGCAUGAUGUCUUAUUUGUAUAGCUUUUAUAACGAUCUUUAUUCUGAAAAUGGUUUAAGGCACACACUAUAAUCUUCAGUGUUUUCAUCUUUUUUGGGUGGAAGGUUAGAUAUAGAAGAUAAAUGUAUGAUCAUGAAAUAACUAUGUUGCACCCAUGAUUACUUACGUACCGGUAAUUCAUAUUCAGUGGUUUCACCAGUAGUAGGUGGAGGGUUUGAUAAAGAAGAUCAAUAUAAUGAUCAGGAAUAAACGAUGUUGCACCCAGAAUUACUUACACAGUUAAAAUCUGUAGCAUUUUUACAUUUUCAGCUAUAUUCGAGUAUGACAAUAAUUGCUGAGUGAGGGAGUUUUGAGUAAAGUGUUGUGUCAGUUUGUGGUGGGCCAGUAAAAUGUGUUGAAAAAAAAUCCAUAUUAUGUGUAUCUGAAGAUAUUUUGUCAAAAGUCACUUUCCUCAUUUUCUUUUUCAUUUUGAUGAUUGAUAUAAUGCGUGAAUUUCCUUUUAUUUUAAUAGUUCGUUCUAGUCUCCUCCACUGAGUGGCAUGGACUUGAUGCACUUCUACAAUGACGGCUGUGUACUCCACUUCAUGUAGGCUUUCAUCUCUCCUCUUCAUUUUUUCUUUCACUCCAAGUUGAAUAUUUCUGUACUUUUUAUUUUAUGUUUGAUAAAAUGUCUUUUGAUGCCAUGUCUAGUCCUGAAAGAUACACUCGAAAUGAUGUCCAAUGAACCUGUCCGUACUUUGACAAUUGGGGCCAAUCUAAGAAAGCAAAAUUUUGUGAAUAUUUUUUUAUAAGGGGUCCAACACCUUCUUUUGUUGCCUUUGAUUUGGGUCAUUAUUUGAUUCUGAUUUUUGUAUUACAUUUCCUUCAUUAGGUUCUUUGAUAUAUUUUGAAGAAGAAAUGGUCUGCCCUUUGAUCUUGAGAAAUGUGUAAUACGAGCGGAUCUUUGAAUGAGGCAGCAGUUUGGCUUUCUUUUUGAGGAAAAUAAGCCUACAGUUCUUUCGAUGGAGACAUAAUGAAGAAGCAAUUUGAGUGGUUCAAUACAACAAAUGACUUUUUAUUAUAAACUUGCUAAAUGUAGGACCAUGCUUACUGUGCGGGUGUAUGUAU